UGCUGCCGGGAGGCUGUGAUUGAGAAAGUAUGUCGUCAAACUUUGACUCCAGAGAUGAUCUGGUGGAGAGGGGGUCCAUCCCCCUGGACAUCGACAAUGUCCACAUGCUGCUUCAGGUGGAACAAGAACAGAUCCAGAAGAAGACCUUCACCAACUGGGUCAACGCUCAACUGGCAAAGCGGAGGCCACCAUGUAUGGUCCUGGAUCUAUUCAAUGAUUUCCGUGAUGGCUCCAAAUUGCUGGACCUGCUGGAGGUGAUGAGCGGCCAGCGCCUUAGUCGGGAGAGAGGCAGGGGAAUGUUUCAGCACAGGAGCAACAUUGAGAAGGCCCUUUCCUUUCUUAAGCAGAAAUCGAUCAAACUAGUCAACAUACACAUUCCUGACAUUAUUGAUGGUAAACCGUCAAUCAUUCUUGGCCUCAUAUGGACAAUCAUUCUACAGUAUCAUAUUGAGGAGUUGGCCAGCAGUCUCUCGUUCAGUUCUCGCCAGUCCUCCAUGGAGUCCUUGGCCACUCUGGAUUCGCGCUCCACCCUGUCAAGCCGCUCGGCCAGCAGCAGUCCUGUUCCUCCUAGAGGUUCACCACUACACAACCGUUUCAGGGUUUCUGCCAGGAAGGCCCUACUGCUGUGGGUUCGGGAACAGUGUCACAAAGCUGGUUGUUCCAUAAAUGUGAAAGACUUCAAAGCAAGCUGGAGGAGUGGAGUGGUCUUUCUGGCCAUCCAGUACGCUCUGCGCCCUGACCUGGUGGAUCUGUCCAAAGCCAGAACCAGAAGCAACAAGCAGAACUUGGAGGAGGCCUUCCACAUUGCAGAGAAGGAGCUGAGAAUCCCCCGCCUGCUGGACCCUGAUGAUGUGGACGUUCGGGACCCUGAUGAGAAGUCCAUUAUGACCUAUGUGGCCCAGUUCCUGCAGUACUCGAAAGACCUGCCUGUGCCAGAGGAAGAAAUGCAGACUCCAUACCUGACUCUUCCUAAAAGUCCUUCUCCUAUCAACCUGCCUGUUCACUAUACUCCUGCUAUUUCUGCUUCACCUCUGCGACAGGCGACGCCUAAUCAAAAGGCACAGGAAGUGACCUGCUGGCUGGUUCAGGCCUACGAAGAGCUGCUGGAGGGAUGGGACUCCACAGAGGGAGAAAGCUACUCCGAGAGAUACCACGUAUUUCAGACCUUCCUGGUGUCUUUUAAUGAGCAGCGACGUCCCAUCAUGCCAUUGUUGACAGCGAUGAGACGAACCUCGAAACUGAGCGAGGAACAGCAGUCCCUCAGAGAGGCGUGGGACACCCUCACUGACAAGUUACGUGAAUACAAAGUGUUGUUAGACAUGAGUCUCCCAGCGCCCUUGGACUCGGUGGCUCGCUGGCUGCUGAAAACAGAGAAGGCUCUGGCUGAGGAAGAGGGCGAGUCCCAGGACCACUGCCGAGCUGCUGACGACGCAAGGGAGAAACAGGAGCUCCUCAGGGCCUGCCCGGAGGAGAUGCCACAACAUGUGAAAACCUUCCAGUCCUUUCAAAACUUAGAUGAGUAUGGAAACUUGAUGGUUCCUACUGACAAGAUGGAGGAACUAAAGAGGAGGUUCACCAAUGUGAGAGUGACUGUUAAAUACCACGGCAUCAAGCUGGAGUACUGGGAGCACAAGCACACAGUUUUGGAUCUGUUGGGGCAGAUCAGGACCAAGCUGCAGCUCUGGAAGAGAGCCUACAUCUCCCCGGAGGCUGUCAGAGUGUUGCUGCAAGAAUGGCAUGAUGUGGUUAACACACAGGAGCUACCGUCUUUACUGGAAGCAGCUCUUCACAAGCUAAAGCAGGUUUCUGAGAAAUAUUCAAGAAAAUCUGCCCUUGCUGCAGAUUACCACCAAGUCAUUCAGCAAGUGAAGCAGCUGGAGGAGGACACCACCCAGGUUUUGGAAGAGAUGACCACAGCCAAGAGCACCAUGGGAAGGGUGCUUUCAGCCUGGGACUCCUACAGCGAUGUCUUCAGCUCCUUGCAGGCUUGGCUGGUGCAGGGCUCUUCAACACACAGCCAUGGCCAAAGACCUCAAGUGACAUCUGAGUCUAUGGCCGAGUGGGGCUCCAAACUGGCUCACCUGAACGAGGUGGGUAACUUUCUGAUGGAGGCAGCAGACCCUCAGACUAGCAGGAGCCUGGCAGAGGAGCUGCACAGACUCAACAUGCACUGGGCUGAGUUCAACAAGAGAAACACAUUUGACAGCACAGCUGAGCCAAGUGCUGACAUCCAGACCAGACCCCAGGACAUCAAAGCUCUGAUCAGAGAGGUCACUCUCAUUCUCAAAGAGCCUCUGGAGACUAUGGCAGGCCCCUUACGCACCUACAGAAAAAGAAUACAGCUCUUAAUGAGGACAAUAAAAGAAGUUGAUCUUGAGGCUCUGGCUCCCUCCCAAGAAUGCCCAGCAGAUCAGUUACAGAAACUGAAGCUUGCUAUACCUGAAGUGAUGCAGACCUUGUUUGAGGCAGAACAUGUGUGUACAGAGCUUCAGCACAGUGUAUCGGGUCUGGACAGCCGCCUGGCUGAACUCCUGCACUGGGAGACUGAGGCCCGGGAGCUCUACCAGCUGCUGAGGGCCACAGAGAGACAUAAACAGCGGGGCCAGGACCCACGAGCCAGGGUCCUGAUUUCCCGUGGUCUACAGUUGGAGGGCCAGGUGGUCACAGAGGAGCAGGACCUGCAGGUGAUGGUGAUGACGACUCAGAAGAACUCUCCCAUCCAGUACCUCCACGCCUCCGCCAUGCAGGACCGCGUGCGAGCCACUGUUGCACAGUCACAGGAAGCUGUAGGUAUGCUCAGCAGCCUGGGAGCCAGAAGAGACAGAAGCAGAAGCCCUCCAGAAGGGUCUCCUCCAUCAAAAGUCUACAAACAAGCUGAAGAAAAGCCUCAACAUCUGAGACAAUCAGACACACUCAGUUGGCUUACUCAACAGUCCAAAACAAAGUUAGUUUCUCAUCAUGAAACCUUUGUGCCAAAAAUAGUUGUGCAGGAACACAGAGAAGAAAAGAUGACUUCUCCUCCACUUCCUUAUACCUACGCACAAGCUGUGAUGCAGACCAGAACAAAGUUGCAACCAGAAGGCCAGGCUCAGGCAUGGCCAGAGACACAAAAACAGCAGACUCAGAAACAAGAAUUAAUACAGCAGCAACAACUACUGCAGCAAAAACAACUUAAAAGACAGCCGGAAAAAGAGCUACAACAGCAAAAACUCAAGCAACAGCAGCCACAAGAUGUACAACAGCAGGGGGUGAUGCAAACACAACCACAGCAACUGCAGCAGAAGCAGAACCAACAACAGGUGGAGCAGCAUGUAGAAAUGCAUCAACAUCAAGUUCAGGAGCAUGUGGUAUCAGACAGACAAACAUCAGAGCCCCACAAGCAGACUUUACUUCAACAACCACCUGUAAAGAAACCACAUCUCAGCUCUCAGGAGCUUCAAAGCAGAAAGACUCAGGCCAUGAAAAACCGGCCCUGGCUUCAGAACCCUAAAACUCCAGCUCCAGAACAGGAUUCCACUCAGGAACCAAUUCAGACUAGACAGACUCAGCCACGGUCAGACAGAGAAACAGCGGCAUCAGUUCAGGUUGUUCCACAGCAUACAGCAAGUGCCAGGCCACAGCCUGAGGCACAUGCAAAAGAUACUAAGCAGCCACAAAAACAGCAAAAAGAGCAACAAAAAGAAACACAGCAAUCUCAAACUCUAAAGCUGCAGCAGCAAGAACAUCUGCAACAUCAGCAGCAACAACAAAAAGAGAAGCAUCAGCAACAACAUCCACAGCAACUGGAAAAAACCCAAAAGCAACAAGAACAAUUGCUGCAGCAACAACAACAGGAAAAACAACCACAGCCUAUUGUAACACCGGCUAAACCAGAUACAGACACCAAGGCUAAAUCCCUUACUGUAACUAUGGCUCAGCCUCACCCACAAACAAAGGCCCAAAAUCAGACACAACCCCAAACUAUGGUUCAGUCUAAAUCUCAGGCAGCUGUGCAUGUGCAGUCCACAGACGGUCAGCAACCACUGAAGACCAUGUCCCAAAACAGAGUUUGCCAUAUUCAGUCACAGACCAAAGUUUUUUCACAGCCCCAUGGCCCCAUUAAGACACAGUCAUUGACCCAGCCACAACUACAGCUCCAAUCCCAGGUUCAAACUCAGUCCCGAACAUGUGUCCCAGCUGGUCCUCAGCCGUCUAUGCAGCCACAGGGUCUAGCCCUUAGCCCAGCUGUAACUCAAAUGCAGACAUGGGCUCAAGUCAGACCUUCGUCUCCUAGGCAGGCUCCACUGCAGGGCCAAAUUCAGCCUCCUGUGCCAUCCCACAUUCAGCUUUGUAGUCAUCCACAGUCAUGGGCUCCUGUCAGGCCGCCUUCCCCUAAGCCACCAACACACACCCAUAUUCAAACCCAUGCUCAGUCCAUGGCCCAGUCUCAAACCCAACCUCAGCCUAUGGCUCAUCCUCAAACUCAUGCCCAUUCCAUGGCCCAGGUUCAAACCCAUCCUCAGCCCAUGGCCCAUCCUCAAACCCAUACCCAGUCCAUGGCCCAGGUUCAAAUCCAUGCUCAGCCAAUGGCCAGACCAAAUCAUGCCCAACCUUCAACUCAAAAUCAAACCCAAGCUCAACUUGUAGUUCAGCCUCAGGGUCACUCUCAGCCUAUGACUCAGUAUGCCACACAUGCUCAGCCAGAGGUCCAGCACCCAGGCCAUAUUUCCCAGGGCCAAAUCCAUUCUUGGAGUCAAGAUAGUGUCUCAUCCCCAAUGUCUGUCCAGCCUCCACAGGCUACAGCACAACCUUCACUUUACCCCCAAGGUUACUCCCAGGGUCAGUCUUCAUCCCAGCCGUGGACACUCAAACAAGAGCCACAAAACCAAGCCAUUUCCCAGCAGAUGCAUCCAAUUACCCAACCAUACCCUCAGCAAAUAUGUCAAGCUCCACAGUCUCAGGCUUAUCCAACACUUCAGGCUCUACCACAGUGGCCCCAAGUUGGGCCCCAGCAAGGACCUCAGGUCGGGCCCCCCAUGUAUUCUCACAUGGGGCCAUCCUUUCCUCAGCCUCAGAUGCAAACUCAAACCCAAACCUGGGCUCAAACACAACCCCAAAUGAGACCUCAGAGUUCCAUGCAACAACAAUCUCAGAUGAGAGCUUAUAAUAUGUUGCAUAUCCAGACGCAACAAGGCCAAGUUCAGCAACAAACUUGGGUUCAAGCUCAGUCUCAUCUUCAGCCCCAGCCGUAUGCACAGCCUCAGUCUCAGCAAUAUUCACACGUUCAGCAUCAGCAUCAAACUCAACAUCACCCACAGUUGCAGUUGCAAGCUCAAAUACCUCCCCAAUUGCAACCAUCACACCAAGCCCAUCCUCCGCUUCCUUCACAGCCUCAGCUGCAGGACCAGUCCCAAACACGCAUCCAGACCCAGUCAUGGGUACAAGGAAAGCCCCAGGCCCAGACUCGGCAGCCUCAGCUCAAUCUUCAGUUGCAGCAGCCACUACCACAACCCAAACAUCAGGCCCAGCUCCAGCCACAACCAAGUAUUCAGUCACCAACUCAACCAAAAGGUGAAUCACAUCCACAAUCCAAACAUGUGGCCCAAUUGGCACCACAACCCGGGAUUCAAUCACCAACUCAACCUAAGGCAGAAUCACUGCCACAAGCCUUACUUGAGCCCCAGUUUCCACCUCAGCCCAUGGCUCAGUCAAAAAGGAAGGCUGAAUUACCACCACAACCCAAACCACAGGCCAAAACCGCAGCACUACUCGAGGCUCAAUCACCAACUCUACACAAGGUUCAAUCAUCAACCCAACCCGAGGCCCAGUCACCACCACAACCCAAACCAGAGGCCCAACCAGCACGACUACUCAAGGCUCCAUCACCAACCCAACCCAAGGCCCAAGCACUGCCACAACCCAAACCACAGGCACAAUUGCCACCACAUCCCCAACUUCAGGCUCAGUCCCCAACACUACCCAAGGCCCAAACUGCACCAGAAUCUAAGGCCCAGUCACCCCCACAGGCCAGACCUCAACUUCCACAGUCAAAACCUCAAACCCAGUCUCCUCCACAACCCAAACCUCAACAGUCCCAAACUAUUCUCCUCUGCCAGGUCAAUGUGCUGCCUCAGUCCCUGGCAGAGUCACCAGACCUGUGCAUUAAACCUCUGGCCCUGGCCCAGGUGCCUCCACAGACCUACACUGAGGCUUACUCCAAGGCCCAGGCUUUGGCCAGAAAUGGCUUUGAGGAGGCCAAGCACUGUCUGCAGGAGCACAUCCUUGAAACCAUUAACAUUUUUAAGGACAAAUCUAUAUCCGCCGAGCAAGCAUCAGUGAAAGAGGAGACUCUGAAGACCUUGGACCCAGAGUUGCUAGAGGAGUUCUUGAGAGCGGCAAAGGGCAUGGAGGCCUUUUGUACUCCCUUACAACUCCAAGACAUGGAGUUAUUUACCCAGUCUGUCAGGACACAGUGGGAGGCUGUGAGAGCUGAGAUCUCAGGCUUUUUGAAACAUUUACGUUUUGAAGUAACAAGGAAAGACUUUAACAAAGCUGCCCAGCAGUGUGAGAUGCACUUAAGCUCCCGCUUAAAAAAAAAGUUUCAGGCUUGUUUCUCAGCGGAGGGAAGCUUUGCCCAGGCAGGGCAGCACCUCGAGGCCUUGAAAGAGCUGUGUGACACCCUGAGCCCCGAGGAUGCUCACCGGCUGGCCCAGACUCAGCUGAGGGAGUGUGAGAAGAGGCUGGCUGCCAUCCAGCGGCAGUUCAGCGGGGACCAAGACACACCACUUUCUGAUUCUAGGAUUCCUGUUGCCUUCAGCGAGGAUCUGACCACACAAAACGAAUCUGCAAGACCAAGUGACAAACCUCAUGUCUCCAGUGAGUUUCUUCAAGCGACAAUGAAUACAGUCUGUGUGGAGAGGAGGGAGAUUGAAAAGCAGGCAUCGGUAGAGGAGGAAAUCACCAAAAAGGAGGCUUUUGAAAGAUAUGAGAAUUGUAAGAGGUCUCUGCAAACCCAACUGGCUAAAAAUGAACAGAGCAUUAAGGAUGUGCCCUCCGACUCCGUCUCUCUGAAAGGCCUGCAUACACGGCUCCAGGAAAUACAGUUCUUGAGGCAGGAAACAGAGUCUCUGUGGUCUGAGUAUGCAAACCAGUGUUCCCAGUUGAGCGGGAACACUGGUCUCGAAGAGGGGAAGGCCAAGCUGCAGGAGCAAUGGCGCAGCCAACAGUCCAAACUUCAGAGGAUGGGCAGCUCGCUGGGUGCCGCCCUCAGACAGAUUGACUCCACCGAGAACCACAUGGUGGACUUCACUGACCGUCUGGACCGCUACCUGAGACAGCCCAAAGACAUCACUGCCUUCACAUUGGCCAACACAAACAUCCUCAAAGAUAUCAAGGAACUGGAUGACAACAUCCAGUGCGAGCUGGACCAGCUGUCCCGUCUGGAUCCUGACUCCAGCGAUCUGGACCCCAGAGACUGCUUCCCUCUGUCCCGUGAGGUGGAGACUCACAGAAACAGCCUGGAUCAGCUUCGACAGCAGGUCCGAAAGAGUGAAGCAGCCGCUCGCGCCCUCGACCGCUUCCUCAUGUCGCUGCGAACUGUAGACGAGGACAUCUCUGGAGUCCAGGGUGCCCCCUGCAGUGACACUGUGAUACUGCAGGACUGUCGCUCCAAGCUGGCUCUGAUCCAGCAGAGCAUCGACAGUCUGAAAGAAAAGGCACCUCAGCUGGAUGUGCUCCUGCAGGGUGCCCGGUUGACGGUCACCAGGGAUGGAGUCCCGGCCUCCUGCUUGGACAUGGUGACUGCCCUGCUGAGGAGGCUGGAGGAGGCGGACAGUAGGCUGGCCAGCCAGCAGAAGAGCCUCCAGAAGGAGACGCAGAGCAAAUCGCUGGGCUUAAGGAAGAGGACGCUGCUGGGGGAGCUGAGGAAGCUGCAGGACACAAUUGAAAAACAAGGCGUGAAGGAGCCCACCAUGCAUGCUGUGCAACACAGCCUCCGUGCCCUGUCUGAUUUAGAGGGUCAGCUACAGGCCCAGCAUGCAGAGCUUCAAAACCUCCUGGAACUUCAAGAGAAACAGGGAGGAGGAGAACACCUCCUUCAGGAGCUGGAGACUCAGUGGAAGGACACUCAGACAGCUUUCUUUGACAGAAAGAAGCAGUGGAGCCUCCUGCUGGAGCUUCUGAAAAAGUUCCAGAGCUGCCGCAGUCACCUGAGCAACACCAUGCAGAAAGCAGAGCAGAGCAUCAGUGAUCAGGCCUCCUACCUGGGCAAGGGCAAUCUGCAGAGAAGUAUUACCACGGUGUGUGAUAUUAAGGCAGAGCUGGCAGGUGUUGGGGAGCGUAUGGAAGAGAUGAGAAGUGUUUGCAGACAGCUGCAGUCCCAACUCAAGACGUUCCCAGACUGCGGCGAGACUCCCUUUGAAGCCGAGGCUGACACACUCAUGGAUAACUGGCUGGAUGUGACGGAGAAGACCGACGCCUACUUGGAUAACCUGCGGGUGGGGGUGGAGCUGUGGGACAAACAGCUAAUGCUGGGGGGGGAGGUGGACAGAUGGGCAGGAUCUAAACUGGCCCUGUUUGCAGAGAGCCAUCCAUUCCACAGCAAGCAACAAGUUCUUGACAUGAGGGAUGAGAUCCAUGUCAAUGAGGAGAACAUUGAGCAUUUCCACAAGAAGUCUGCAGAGAUACAGGAGAUGCUGCAGAGUCGGGAAGCACCACUGGAGCUGCAGGUGAUGGAAACCCAGCUGAGGAAGCGGAUGGAGCAGGUGAAGGAGCUAUUUGCCGACUGUACCGAUGUCUUCGAGGAACUGAUGGCUGUGAAAAAACACUUAGCUGAGAAGAUAGAGCAGUGCCAGUCAGCUGUGGAGAGGAUCCAGUCUUCUGUCAGUAAUGUUGACGCUUUACAACCAAAGGUCGAAGACCAGUUACAGCAUCUGUGUGAUAAACUGGAGGCUCAGGAGCAGCAGGCCGAGGCUGCGAUAAAGGAGGUUGGCUUGGUUUCCAGUGUAGCCAGUCCUCAGGUGCUGGAGGUGUUGUCUGUAGACUGCAGCAGGCUGAAGGAGUCCAUAUCCCGCACCCAGGCCAUGAUCCAGCUGAAGAGAGAGGAGAAAGACAAAGGCCUGCUCAACGUUAUCAAAGAUGCAAGGCAGUCAUUUGAGUAUUGGUUCCAGGACUUGCAGCUGUCCAUCAAUGAGUGCUUUGAGCACCCUGAGAGCAGAGCUGACGUGGAAACAUCCCUGCAAAGACUCACCGUUUUCUUAAAAUCCAAGGAUGCAGAGAUACGUCUAGAACAGAUAAAGGUUCAGCUGGAGAGAGGCAGCCAGCAGGUUCCUCUCCAGCAGCUCUCAGAAUUUACCGACUGGCUGAAGGAGCAACAGAAGGAGGUGGCCACGUUCAGAACCCACUGCCUCAACAGGCAGAAACAAAUGGAGCCGCUCCUCAGGGACUUGACCAGUCUGAAGAAGCAACACGAUAGCUUCCGUGACUGGCUGCAGAACAAAGAAAAACAGCCCGUGGAGGUAGACAAAGUCAAACUUCUACUCAAAAACCUACAAGAUGAGAGCGGUAGAGCUGAGUCUCUCAGUGAGCUCUUAGCAUCAGUGCGUAGACAAGGCGUCCGAGCUGAAAGCCUCCUGAAGGACGGCGACAACUUGAUACAACGCUACAGAAACCUGGAAAGCAGGCUGCAAAGGCAGGCAGACGCCCAGAGUGCCCUGGAGGCAGAAUGUGACAAGUUUAAUACUCAGGCUCAGAGCACCAGGACCUGGAUCACAGCGCUUCUGCAGCCCCUCACCCCGUCUGGCAGAGAAGCCGAGACACAGGAGAGGAAGCACAGAGCACAGGCCAUCCUGAGCUCCAAAACCCAGGGAGACUCUAAAAUGAACGCCCUGAGGAGACAAAGUGAAAGUCUGUGUGAGCGGGAGGAUCUGCAGGACGACAGGAAACAAGAGGUCCAGCAGUUGCUCCGAGAAACAGAGAAGCAGUGGAACACGGUUCUGCACACGGCUGAGGAGAAUCUCAGCCAAGCCCAAACACAAGCUUUGUUGGGCAAGGACUUAGACGCUUUUAAAACCCAGAACGAAAAUGUUGAGUCCUGGAUCAGAGACCGGGAGCAGAGCAUGCAGUUGCUUACUGGUUGCAUGCAAGUUGAAGAAAAGCUCCAGAUUGCACAAGCAAUUCUGAGCUCCAAGCCCGAUGGAGAGUCAAAGCUCCAGUGUCUGAAGCAACAAUUCCAGAGUCUGUGUGACAGCCAGGGCUUGGACCAGGGCAGCAGACGAGAGGUUCAGGAUGCAGUCAGACAAACCGAGGAGCAGUGGAGGAAAGUUUUUCAGGCCGCUGAGGACGGUCUCAACAAGGCACAGACCGACGCUGCCACUGAAAAGGACUUUGAUGCUUUCAAAAGCAAAAGUGAAAGCAUCCAGUGCUGGAUUAAAGAGCAGAAGCAGAAGCUGUUGUCCCUCGGCAGUCACAUGCCGUUUGAAGAAAGGUUGCAGGUCGCACAGGCUGUUAUGACUUCCAAACUUGAGAUACUGGAACUACAGACACAUGGGGAACGUCUGCGUGAACAUCUGGAGGAGAGCAGGAAACCAGAGGUUCAGCAGCUGGUGGAAGACACAGAGCAGCAGUGGAGAGGACUUCAGCAGGCCGCCAGGCAGGCCGAGCUCCGGAGUCUUUCAGACGACUUUGACACUCAGAAUAAAAACACUCAGUCCUGGAUCCGAGACAGACAACAGCAGCUACAGGCUGUGGGCAGUCACACACCACCUGACCAAAGAUGCCAUGCUGCUCAGACCAUCCUGAGCUCCAAACCUGAAGGUGACUGUACGGUAAACAACCUUAGGAGGCGAGGCCAGAGUGUGUGUGACCAUCAGGAUGCAGACCAGGGCAGGAAAGCCCAUGUUCAGAAGGCCAUCAGAGACAUGGAGGAGCAGUGGAAGACAAUUCUGCAGGCUGCUAAACAGGUGGAAGCUGCUGCAGCAGCUGAGAUUGCCCAGCAGACUGAGAUGAGAGCGGCGGAGCUGAAAGAAUUUGAUAGCCAGCAGCAAGACACCGACAGCUGGCUUACAGACCUGCAACAACAACUGGACUCACUGAAAAGCCUAACCAAAGCAAAGGACAGACUGCUCGCUGCUCAGGCCAUUGUGAGCUCCAAGCCCGAAGGAGACUCCAGGCUCCAGGAGCUCAGGAGACGAUGCCAGAGUUUGUGUGGUCAGAACCUGGGAGAAACAAAAAAUCAAAAGGUUCAACAAAAAGUAAGAGGUGCUGAGGAGCAAUGGACGAGAGUCCUGCAAAAUGCUAAACAAGUCCUGGAUCAGGCGGAGAAGCGGUUUGCUCUGGAGGGCAAGUUGACAGAAUAUGAAGCCUUGAAAACAAACACCAGAGCCUGGCUGGAAGAUAAGCAGCGGAGCCUUGUCUCUCUGGACAUUCAGACAGAUCUAGAAAAGACAAUAAACACUGCGCAGACUGUCCUGAGCUGUAAGCCUGAAGGAGACUCCAGGAUGACAGAACUGAGGAGACAAAGUCAGAUUCUGUCCGACCUGGAUGAGAGCACGAGAUUGGAGGUUCAGCAGACGGUGAAAGAUUCAGAGGAGCAGUGGAGGACAGUCCUGCAGACUGCAGAGAACUGUCUGGAGAAAGCUAACAUCCAUUACUUGCUCUCCAGGGAGCUGGAUGGCUUCCAAACCAAAGCAGGAAGAACUCAAACCUGGGUCAAAAAGCUCCAACAACAGGCCGAGUCAAAAGGGAGCGGCACUCAGGGCAGCCAGGCUCAGUUAGAGGAACGGCUGAACACAGCACAGGGCAUCUUGAGCUCCAAGUCCAAUGGUGAGGCUCAACUGAUGGAGCUGAAGAGACGAGCACAGAGUCUUUGUGAGCACAAAGACUUGCAAGGAGACAAGAAGGUGGAGGUUGAACAAACAGUCAAAGACACUGAGCAGCAGUGGAUGACGGUCCUACGUGUUGCUGAGGAGACACAAAGGAAGUUGAAGGGUGUUGUGGAGCGCCUGUUGUCCUGUGACUACCAGCGAGGCCUGACCGAGGAGCGUCUGUCAAAGUUACAGAAGCAGAUCUCCAGCCUGCCGCGUGUCUUCCCCUGGCCCGGCCUGGGAGAGCGGCGGCAGGCGGUGGAACAAGCCCGGACCAUGCUGGACCAGUGCACAGCCUUGGCCCCCGUCCUUUCAGACCUCCGCACACAGGCUGCAGAACUGUUUGAGAUCACGCGGGAACAUGGCUGGUCAGAACUGUCCUGGGCAGCCAAGCAGGAGUCCAUCCCCACAUUGCUCAAAGAGCUUACUGAUGCAGUAGCUCAGCUGGAGCAGGGCAUCCUAGUAGAGAGGCAUUGCACCCAGCUGGUGGAGCAGCAUGAAGCAGCCCAGGACUGGCUGAGGGAGCACGUUAAAGGCCUCGGAGUUCCUCCAGCAGACAGACAGGGUCUGCACAGCGCUGUCAACACUCUGAAGGCUUUGCUGCAGACAGUGGACAGGGAGCAGAGAGAGAUGAAGGAGCUCGACUCUGCCAGUGACAGUUUGCUGGGCCUCUGCACGCCUGGAGGCCGCGAUGCCCUGACCCUGGAGGUAAGCCAUCUCCAUGAGCUCUGUACCACCUCAGAGCAAGAGGUGAGGGAGCGCCUAGCAUCCUGUGAGACCCGGCUGGAGGAGCUGGACCACCAGCUGGCCAAGAGGGCCAAGGGGCUCAAGGAGAGAUCUGCAGCCCUGCAGUGGGAGCUGCGCUCCCUUGACCAGGCACUCAGUUACAGCCAACCCCAGAACAACAUCCCUCAGCUCCAACAGCACUGGCACAGCCUUCAGAACUGUGAGAAAUCGCUGGCAGAUUUGGGUGUGAAAGUUCAGGACCUCCAACAGGAAGUAAAGGCUACACCGGUCACUGAUGAGCUGCCAACAGAAAUUAUGACUUUGGUGAAAUCUUUAUGCCAGCAACAUGACAGUCUAAAGUCCAGGCUGAGUGAACAUCAGGGUACCUGCUCUACAAACACAGCUCGUUGUCUUAUGGACUGUAUUCACGCCCUGCAGGAAUGGAACCACAGAAAACCAGAAUCCAUUUCUUCAGCGCAGGUGAUAUUAGAGGAGGGUGAAAAGUUGGAAACCAGCCUGCGGGAGGCGCUUUCUCACCAGCAGUUUCUAACAGACUGCUUGAUACCAGUCUUGAUUGGAAAACUAGAGCGAGAAGGUUCGGAGACACUCAGAGAAGCAGACACACAAAAGGCUUAUCUUAGCUGCAGCUUAAAGGAACUUGAUGGAAAGAGCAAACAAAAGCUGCCUCAGGGUAAUUUCGAGGAGACAAAGACAUCUGUAGUGCCACCACCACGCAAAAGCAAGCACUCAUCUGAAAAAAACCCUCAAUUUAAACUACAAAAAAGCAUUUCCUUAACAGAAAAAUCUACAUCUAUUGACGAUAACUUGUCAGUUUUAUCUGAGCUGCAAACUGAAGAUAAAACAUUAAAGCCUACUGUAACAGCCGUCAUGAAAGACAUACAAAUGGCUGGUGUGGAGCAAACCAGAAGUGAACCAACAAAACAGAAAUCUCAGAGUCCAACAUAUACUUCAGAACCUUUUAAAGCCCAACGUAACAACACUUCUCAAGAGGCAGCAUUUAAAGGUCUAAAGUCAGAUACCACAGCUGUUGGAGCUAAGCAAAUAAAACCUGCUGUUGAAGAACCUGUAUUGAUCCCAAAAGUCAUUGAGCAGUCUGCCUCUGGUGUUAGUGAGAAUACUACACCUGUACCAUCCAGGAGAAAGUCCAAGACUUUGACCACUGAUACACAGCCUGCCCACACUAAGGUGGAGCCUGAAAUGAUAAAACCUAUUAUUACUCAAGGGUUACCCAGGAAUCCAACAGGCCCUGCUGCUGUGGAAGAAACAAAGCAUAUAGCAACCAUUAUUCUGGAUGAAACAACAAAAACAAAGACCAAAAUGCCUGGCAGUCAGAUAUCUUUACUGAGAUCCAAAGAGGAAACUGAUGCUGCUGCUGUUGUGAAGAAAGAAACUGUGGUUAUCCCAACCAGGAGGAAGUCAAAGAUUCUUGAUGAUUCAGCUGAUUCAGAGCCAGUGGCAGACAAUGAAAGAGCUACAUGUGUGGUACAGGAAUCUGAGAAGUCGACCUCACAGUUUGUUUCAGCACCGGCUGAAACUGCGGUUUUGGAACAAAGUACAAUUUUACCACAAAAGCAAAAGUCAACAACACUUCCUCUGAAACAAGCCGACCAGCAGCCAGCAAAGAUGACAGGAGAACUGGAAAGUCAGAGGCCUGCUUUGAGUUUUAGGGAGGAAAACUCAAAGAGUACUGAACUUACAACUUCACAGCACGUUGUUGCACAUAAUAGAACUACUGAUUUGAAAGCUGAUGAUAAUAAACCUGACAGCCUAAAGUCUUCAAGUCUACAGAUGGGCACAGAAACAACUGAAACUACUGUUGUGAAAGAAAAAAUGCUUUCUCCAACCAAGCAAAGAUCAAAGGGCUCAAAUGUCUCCCCAGAACAUGCUACAAAGGAAGUGGCAGAGACAAAGCAAGAUCCUAGAAGUCAGAAGCCUUCAUUGAGCUCCGGAGAGAAAACUGAAACUAUUGCUGUAGAAGAAACAAAGCUAGAUGUAUCAGAGCCAUUCACUUCUGUCCCUGUAACACCUGAUGUUACAACAAUACUUCCUCUAAAACAGGCUGACCAACAGCCAGCACAGAUGACAGAAGAAUCAGAAAGUCAGAGGUCUGCUUUGAGUCUGAGGGAGCAAACUGAAAGUGUUGUUAUGGAAGAAACAAAGUUCAUACCAACCAUAAGAAAGUCAAAGAGUACUAAACUUACCACAACUUCGCAGCAGGUUGUUACCCAUAAUAAAACUACUGAUGUGAAACCUAAAGGUAAUAUGAAAGAACCUGCCAGCUUGACAUUGUCUACAACUCCACAGAUGGCCACAGAAACAACAGAAACUACUGUUGUGAAAGAAAAAAUGCUUUCUCCAAUCAAAAAUAGAGCAAGGGGUCUAAAUCUUUCCUCAGAACAUGCUACACGGGAAGUGGCGAAGAUAAAGCAAGAGCCAGGAAAUCAGAAGCCUUCAUUAAGCUCAGGAGAGCUAAUUGAAACUGUUGUUGUGGAGGAAACAAAGCGUAUUGCAACCAUUAUUCUAGAUGAAUCAGAACCAUUGACUUCUGUCUCUGUAACAACUGAUGUUACAACAACACUUCCUCUGAAACAGGCUAACCAACAGCCAGCACAGAUGACGGAAGAAUCUGAAAGUCAGAGGUCUGCUUUGAGUAUGAGGGAGCAAACUGAAAGAGUUGUUAUGGAAGUAACAAAGCUCAUACCAACUAGUAGAAAGUCAAAGAGUACUGAAUGUACCACAACUUCACAGCACAUUUUUGCACAUAAUAUAACUACUGAUGUGGAACCUGAAAGUAAUAACAAAGAACCUGAGAGCCUGAGGUCUUCAACUCCACAGAUGGCUUUGGAAAAAACUGAAACUACUGUUGUGAAAGAAAAAAAGCUUUCACCAACCAAAAGAAGAUCAAAGGGUCCAAAGCUCUCCGUGGAACAUGCUACAAAGGAAGUAGCAGCAGGUGAACUCACCACUAAGUCAGUCACAGAGCAAGCUGAGACCAUUAUUGUUGAGCAAGCCAAGCUUGGACCUACCAGUAAAGAGUCAAAGAGUACAGAUGUGUUCUUAGACGUAACUGUUGCAAAGCCUGCACAGCUCAAAGGUGAAGCAGAAAAUCUAAUGUCUCACCUUACUUCAGCGCCCAUCAAAGGCACAGAUGCUGAGCAAUCUAAGUCUGUACGAAAAAGGCAAGAGUCAAAGAGUUUGAAAGUUUCCACAACUUCAAUACCAGUUCUUACCCAGAGUAUAGCUACUGACCACUAUUCAGAGCUUGCUCAACCUGCAAAGGAAUCUGAGAAUGAAAAGACUUCUUCAACUGCACCGGGGAUCACAUAUCCAGUUGAAACUAUUUUGGGAACAAGUAAGAUCUCGCCAACCAAAAGAGAGUCAAAAAGUCUAAAACUGUCCCCAGAAUUUUCUAACAAGGAGAAAACACAGACCAUAGAAAAGCCGAACAGUCAGCUAUCUUUACUGAGAUCCAAGGAGCAAACUGAUGCUGCUUUUGUGGAGAAAACAAAGCGUAUAGCAACCAUUAUUCUAGAUGUAUCCGAGCCAUUGACUUCUGUCACUGUACCGACUGAUGUUACAACAACGCUUCCUCUGAAACAGGCUGACCAACAGACGGCACAGAUAACAGAAGAACCAGAAAGUCAGAGGUCUGCUUUGAGUCUGAGGGAGCAAACUGAAAGUGUCGUUAUGGAAGUAACAAAGCUCAUGCCAACCACAAGAAAGUCAAAGAGUAAACCUUCCACAACUUCACAGCACGUUGUUGCCCAUAAUAAAACUACUGAUGUGGAACCUGAAGAUAAUAAGAAAGAACCUGACAGCCUGAAGUCUUCUUCAACUCCACAGAUGGCCACAGAAGCAACUGAAACUACUGUUGAGGAAGAAAAAAUGCUUCCUCCAACCAAAAGAAGACCAAAGGGUCCAAAGCUCUCCCCAGAACAUGCUACAAGGGAAGUGACAAAGACAAAGCAAGAUCCUAGAAGUCAGAAACCUUCAUUGAGCAUCGGCGACCUUACUGAAACUGCUGCUUUGGAAGAAACAAAGCGUACAGCAACAAUUAUUCUAAAUGUAUCAGAGCCAUUGACUUCUGUCCCUGUACCGACUGAUGUUAAAACAACGCUUCCUCUGAAACAGGCCGACCAACAGACGGCACAGAUAACAGAAGAACCAGAAAGUCAGAGGUCUGCUUUGAGUCUGAGGGAGCAAACUGAAAGUGUCGUUAUGGAAGUAACAAAGCUCAUACCAACCACAAGAAAGUCAAAGAAUAAACCUUCCACAACUUCACAGCACGUUGUUGCCCAUAAUAAAACUACUGAUGUGGAACCUGAAGAUAAUAAGAAAGAACCUGACAGCCUGAAGUCUUCUUCAACUCCACAGAUGGCCACGGAAGCAACUGAAACCACUGUUGAGGAAGAAAAAAUGCUUCCUCCAACCAAAAGAAGACAAAAGGGUCCAAAACUCUCCCCAGAACAUGCUACAAGGGAAGUGACAGAGACAAAACAAGAUCCUAGAAGUGAGAAGCCUUUAUUGAGCAUUGGAGACCUUGCUGAAACUGCUGGUUUGGAAGAAACAAAGCCUAUAGCAACAAUUAUUCUAAAUGUAUCAGAGCCAUUGACUUCAGUCCCAGUACCGACUGAUGUUACAACAACACUUCCUCUGAAACAGGCCAACCAACAGACAGCACAGAUUACAGAGGAACCAGAAAGUCAGAGGUCUGCUCUGAGUCUAAAGGAACAAACUGAAAGUGUCGUCAGGGAAGUAACAAAGCUCAUACCAAUCACAAGAAAGUCAAAGAGUAAACCUACAACAACUUCACAGCACGUUGUUGCCCAUAUUAAAACUACUGAUGUGGAACCUGAAGAUAAUAAGAAAGAACCUGCCAGCUUGACAUUGUCUACAACUCCAAAGAUGGCCACGGAAGCAACUGAAACUACUGUUGUGAAAGAAAAAACACUUUCUCCAACCAAAAGUAGAGCAAAGGGUCUUAAUCUCUCCCCAGAACAUGCUACAAGGGAAAUGGCCGAGAUCAAGCAAGAGCCAGGAAGUGAGAAACCUUUAUUGAACUCAGGAGAGCUAAUUAAAACUGUUGUUGUGGAGGAAACAAAGCGUAUUGCAACCAUUAUUCUAGAUGUAUCAGAGCCAUUGCCCUGUGUCCCUGUACCAACUGAUGUUACAACAACACUUCCUCUGAAACAGGCUGACCAACAGCCAGCACAGAUGAUGGCAGAACCAGAAAGUGAUAGAUCUGCUUUGAGUCUAAGGAAGCAAACUGAAAGUGCAGUUAUGGAAGAAACAAAGCUCAUACCAACCAGAAGAAAGUCAGACAGUACUGAACUAACCACAACUAAGCAAGAGCCAAGAAGUGAGAACCCUUCACUGAGCCCUGGAGAGCUAACUGAAACUGUGGUUGUGGAAGAAACUGAAGUUAUACCAUCCAGGAGGAAAUCAAAGAGUCUUGAGGUUUCCACAGUUCCAGAGCCAGUAUCUCCUCUUGGUAUGGAGCCUAAGGAACUAAAACAAGAACCUGAAAAUUAUCCUGCAACCCAAGACUUUAUUCAAGGUCAAGCUAAAACUGCUGUUGUGGAACAAAGGAAGUUUCUACCACCUAAAAGAGAGUCAAAGAGUAUAGAACCUCCUUUUAAACUUGCUGACACUCUGGCACAUCAGACAAGGAUAGAACCUGAAGGUCACCAAUAUUCUUUGAGUUCCAAUGACCCAAAUAGAAGUGUUGUUUUUGAAGAAACAAAACUUUUAUCAACCAGUAGAAAGUCCAAGAGUUGUGACUUUUACACAUCUUCUGAGACAGUUGAACAGCCUGAACAAAAUAAGAAAGAACUAGAUGGUAAAAAAUCUUCAACUCCAGAUGUGGUCACAGAACCAACUGAAAGACACACAGUUGUAAAAAUAGGAGAGCUUUCACCAACCAAAAUAAAGUCCAAGGGUCUGAAACUGUCCCCAGAUCUUUGUCCCACAGAGCUGACUAAGACCAAGGAAGAGCCUGACAGUCAGAAGCAAUCUGCAUCUCAAGAGCUGGUCACAACAACAACUGAAAUAACUGUUGUGGUAAAAGGAAAGCUUUCAACUACCAAAGAAAAGACAAAGGGUCUUGACCUUUCCCAAGAACUUGCUACCACAGAGAUCACAAAGUCCAAGCAAGAACCUGAAAGACACCAAACUUCAACUCCAGAGGUGAUCACAGCACCAACUGAAAUUACUGUUGUGGAAAAAGGUAAACUUUCACCAACCGGAAGAAAGUCGAAGGGUCUGAAACUUUCCACAGAACUUACUACCACAGAGCAACCAAAGACUAAGGAAGAUGCUCACAGUCAGAUGCCAUCUUCAACUCCAGAGGUGGCCACAGCACCAACUAAAAUGACUGUUGUUGAAAAAGGAAAGUCCAAGGGUCUGAAACAUUUGCCAGAUCUUUCUCCCACUGAGUUGACAAAGACUAAGGAGGAGCUUGACAGUCAGAAGCCAGCUUCAACUCCAGAGGUAGUCACAGCCACAACUGAAUUGUCCAUUGUGGAAAAAGGAAAGCUUUCACCAACCAAAAUAAUGUCAAAGGGUCUGAAACUUUCUUCCGAGCUGGCUACCAAAGAACUGAUGGAUGUCAAGAAAGGAUCUGACAGUCAGACAAAUCCAGUGCAUUCCAGAGAGCAAAUUGAAACUGCUGUUUUGGAGGAUUUUACUAUACCAGCCAGAAGGAAGCCAAAAGGUUUUGACACCUCCUCAGUUGUAGAGCCAGUCUCUGCUCUUGGUGGAAGUAUUGACCUGGAGUCUAAGGAGAGUAAGGAAGAACUAAAGAGUGGCAAGGCUUCAGUUAAACAGGUAGUCACAGUAGCCACUGAAACUGCUGUUUUGACCAAAAGAAAGUCCAAGGGUCUAAAUGUUUCCCCAGAACUUUCUCCCACAGAGCUGACAAAGACCAAGCAAGAGCCUGACAGGCAGAAUCCAUUUUUAACUCCAGAUGUGAUCACAUCACCAACUGAAAUUACUGUUGUGGAAAAAGCUAAAUGUUCACCAACCAAAAUAAUAUCAAAGGGUCUUGAACCCUUCUCCGUACUGGCUAUCACAGAACUGAUGGAUGUCAAGAAAGGAUCUGACAGCCAGACACAUCCAGUGCAUUCCAGAGAGCAAAUUGAAGUAGCUGUUUUGGAGGAAUUUACGAUACCAGCCAGAACGAAGCCAAAACGUCUUGAUGUUUCCUCAGCUGUAGAGCCAGUCUCUGCUCUUGGUGGAAGUAUUGACCUGGAGUCUAAGGAAACUAAGGAAGAACCAGAGAAUGGCAAGGCUUCAGUUGGACAGGUAGUCAGAGUAGCCACUGAAACGGCUGUUUUGACCAAAAGAAAAUCCAAGGUUCUAAACGUUUCCCCAGAACUUUCUCCCACAGAGCUGACAAAGACAAAGCAAGAGCCUGACAGUCAGAAGCCAUCUUCAACUCCAGAGGUGGUCACAUCACCUACUGAAAUUACUGUUGUGGUAAAAGGACAGCUUUCACCUACCAAAGAAAAGUCAAAGGGUCUUGAACUUUCCCAAGAACUUCCUACCGCAGAGCUUACAAAGUCCAUGAAAAUGUCUGACAGGCAGAAACCAGCUUUAACUCCAGAUGUGGUCACAGAACCAACUCAAAUAACAAUUGUGGAAAAAGGUAAACUUUCACCAACCGGAAGAAUGUCGAAGGGUCUGAAACUUUCCACAGAACUUACUACCACAGAGCAACCAAAGACUAAGGAAGGAACUAAAAUUACUGUUGUGGAUAAAGGAGAGCUUUUAUCAACCAAAAGAAUGUUAGAGGGUAUGAAACCUUCCUCAGAAAUUGCUACCACAGAGCUGAUGGAUGUCAAGAAAGAAUCUGAAAGUCAAACAUCUUCAGUGUCUUCCAGAGAGCAAACUGAAGCCGCUGGUUCGGAGGAAUUUAUCAUACUAGCCAGAGGGACGCUGGGGCCUGAAGUGCACAUUUUACAAUUAGAUAUACAGACCAGUCCAGAGGAGGAUGGAAACACAUCUAUCACAGGAACAAAAAGGAUCAGUCCUCUUCAAACAAGUCUCCAGAGAGAAGGAGUAGCAGAAAGCAAAGAUAUGACUGCUGCAGUUAAGAUGACUGCAACAGAAGUACGAGAAAGCAGGACUGAAUGUCAAGACAAUGUGGUUCAAACGGGCCAACCCUCUCCUGCUUGUGAAGCAUUGCCCGGAGAUGAGGCAGGGACAGAAUUUGUAGAAAUAAGCAUAUCUGAGCAACAUAUGGUAAAACCAAGCCAAAGUAAAACCCAACGAGGGCUCUUCAUGACCGUGCAGGAAAAACCCAAAGUGGUCAAGAAACAUGGUGUCCAGGAACAGCAUCCUACACUGUCGACACGUGGCAUGGACAGUGUACCCAAGAGCUUGGAUGAAAAAUUGGUUACGAUAGAGAAAAUCCAUAUGGGGCCUGAAGUGCGUAUCCUACAACUAGAUAUACCAACCAGUUUGGAGAUAGAUAAAAAUACAUCUGUCACAAGAGCAAGAGAGCCAAGGAUGAAUGUUGGUCAAACACGUGUCCAGUGCGAAAGAGCCUCAGAAAACCAAGAUAAGACCACUGCUGAUGUUAAGCAAAAAAAGGCUGCAGUUAAGACAAGAGUUGAAGUGCAAAAAAUCCCAACUGAAAGGCAAGGGAAUGUGGCUCAGAGUGACUCAAGUCAACCCCCCUCUGUGUCUGCAAGGCCGCUAAGUGAUGCAGAGACAACAUUUGAAGAAAUACGUAUAUCUGAGAAAGAGACUGUAAAACCAAGCCAAACAGUGAUUAAAUUAGAGCUCAGGAGUACCACACAGAAAGGACCCCAAGAGGUCAAGGAUCAUGACGUGCAAGAAGUAAAUGCUAACAUGUCGACAACGGACGUGCAUGAUGCACCCCAAAGCCUGGAGGAAAAGUCUAUUCGGAUGGAUAAAAUCCACAAAGGUGCUGAAGUGCACCUUUUACAACCAUGUACACCUGUGACUAUAAAGGAGCAUAAAAUUGCAUCUGUUGCAAUAGCAAAGGCGCCAAGGAUUGAUAUGGGUCAAACAAGUAUCCAGUGCAAAACUGUGCCAAAAAACAAAGACCUUUCUUUGGCUGUUCAGCCAGAAAAGACUACAGAUAAGAUGUCCAUGGUCGAAGUAAAGACCAAAGAAAGAAGAAAGGAUCGCAUUAUCCAUGAAAAACAUGCUGAAGUGUCAGCAGAUGACAUGCAUUAUGUACCCAAGAGCCUGGAUGAGAAGUCUGUUAUAACAGGAGAUAUCCACAUCAGUGUACAUGAUUACAAAACUGUCGCAAUAGAAAAGGAACCUAAAAUGGAAUUACGUAUUCUGUUUAAGACAGGUAAAGAAAGCAAGGAUGUGACCACCACUGACAAGUCUUCAAGUGAGAAGACCCAGGUUGAAGUGCGAGAAAGCUUUACAGAAUCCCUGUCUGAACCCAGUGUUGUCCCUCGAGACCAAACAGAGAGACACACAACAGAUGCAAAGGAAACUAAGAAGGAAGAGAAGGAAGGGAAGAGGACAAUUCAGGAAGAAGAAAGAGAAAAGAUGGUCAAUGUGGAUAUACUAAAUGCUCCACUCCCAAUGGCCAUGACCUCCACCACUGGUGAAGGGAUGCUCCAGAGAAUGGAUUUGCCACAGGUGUACAAGGCUGACACAAUAUCACCUGCAUCACUGCAGGCAGUUCAGAAAUAUUCAACUGACAUUAUCUGGGGUGAGGUAACCCUGGUAAAAGGACUGCCCUCUCAGGAAAACAAAGCUCUAGCCGAAGCAAGCAUUGUGAAGACUGAGAAACGUGUUUCAGAGAUACCAGAAGGAUCUACCACGAGGAACAUUUUCAUAGAAAUACAGCUAUUCUCAGGGACUGGACCCAACAGCCAACUUACUGAGGGUAAAGCACUUGAGGAUGCCCCAGAGGCUCUGAUUACAUCCACCAUUGAUCUGGAUAACCGUCUAAGCAGACUGGUUUCUCAAGUCCUGAGCUGCAAGAACCGCCCAGCUGAGCUCAACCCAACAGCCAUGUCCCAGCAGCUGAAGGAGGCUCAGCAAUGCCAAGAGACUGCCCAGGACCAGGUGUCAUUGCUCUCUCAGCUGAGAGGAGCUGAUGCUGAGAACAAGGAUGCUCUGGAGCAUGUGGAGGACCAGUGGAGCACUGUUGCCCAGGAUGCAGCUGCUGUCAUCCAGAGUAAAGAGGCCCAGCUGCUGCUGGUGACUGAUCACUGCAGACAGAUCAAAGCAGCCAGGACCACGCUGGAAAGACUGACAGCAGAAUUGGAUGCUGUCAGAAUGUCCCCAGAGGAGAGCAGUUCCAAGGAGGCAGAGCGACUGGGCUCCUUACAGAGGAGUAUGGAGGAGAACAGAACAGUACUUGGGGAGUUGCUCGUGACCCAUACCAAGUUAUACCCCCACCUUAGCUGGUCUAAGCAAGCACUCGCACAGACUGAGCAGAAGAACCUGCAAGAGAAGUGGAGAGGCCUGGAAAGAACUUUGGAAAGAGCAUUGUAUCACACAAAUGUCUAUUUUCAUGAGACCAGCAGCCUUUGCUCGGCAAUAUCAGAUCUUCAGGAACAUUUGGAGACAAUCGGCAAAGAUCUUGAAGAAAAGUCUACUUCAGUUAAUCAGUGGAACUGCAAGAAGGCGCAGCAGCUGAUGGUGGCAAAUGCUGAGGUUAAAGCUGCCUGGCAAAAAUACCGUCAUCUGCAGCAGCUAUUGGAGGUGCUACUCCUCAGCUCACAGAGGGAGAAGGAUACAACAGAGAUACAGCAGGGGCUUCAGAGCGUCAAACACCAACUUUGCAACACAGAGGAACUAGUGUCUUCUCAAACUCAGAGCAGCAGCAACGUCAUCAUGGAGAAAAUUAUGGUGGUGAUGAGGGAUGGCCUCGUCUGGGCAAAGCAGACAGAAAGUGAGAUUGAUGGCCGGAGGAAAAGGGUCGCUCUCCUCCCCGAAGAGGUGCACCGGCAGCUCAGAGAUCUGAAGAAGCUGCAAUCUAAGGUCAUGGCCAAACAGGGACAACUGGAAACACUGGUAGAGGAGGUGACCGAUCUUCUUCCACAGCUGGACGAGACUGAGGAGGUGCCCACGGUGCGGUCCUCUCUGAAAUCCCUCCAAGAACUCUCAAAGUGGACGACUGAGAAGCUAGCCAAGGCUGUUAGAGAAAUAGAGUCCGGACUGCAAACCAGAGAGAAGCUGUCAGAGCAGAUUGCUGACCUAGACUCCUGGGUUUUGGCUCAUCUGUCCAGAGAGGCAUCCAGGAGUCCAGACAGUGAGCUUAGGAGCCCAGCUGAACUGGACCGCAGAGUUCGUCAGAUCCAAGAGACCCUGGCUGAGGCUGAGAAGCAGGCCGCUGUCUGUGAGGCUCUUCUAAUGAAGAGUAAAGACAUUGCCUCUGAACUCAGCAUCACAGAGAACUGUCAGCUUUUUGACAAGCUUACCAACCUCCAGAAGGACAUCAGAGCCAUCAGUAGCUAUGAGAAGGCCAACAAAAAAGAGCUGGACGAACUCACCCAGACUCUAGAUUCCAGUAAGAAAAACCUGGUCGCCAUAGAAACAAGCCUGAGGCAGAUGUUAGUAGAUCUGAGUAGAUACAGGUUCCCCAUCACGAGCGAGUCCCUGCAAGCUUUGGAGCCUUCGAAACACAUGAUUUUGGAGCACAAGUCCCAGAUUGACCUUCUGCAACGGUUUAUCCCCCAGGAAAAGAUGAGGGAACUGUACUCAAUAAUUUCUGAACUUCUCAGCAAAAUGGUCACCUUGGAAAUGAAAGCGAGAGGUCAUGAGAGGUACCUGAAUAACAGGCAGUGUGUGGAAGACCUUAGGGAGAACAUUCAGGAGCAAGUCCGUCAGGCCAAAGAUGACAGCCUGGCGCUGGCCGAGAAGUACCAAGUCUGUCAGACCCUCCUCGUCCAAGUUCCUCUUAUAAAGUAUAUGUCUGAGGAGGCUGGCUCCAAACUCCAGAUGAUCUCCACUGAUCUUUACCCGUCACAGUUGAGCACAGAGCAGCAGAGACUGAAACAAAACGAAGGGAGCCUUGACACCUUGGAGAUGAUGCUCUACAACAAUCUCAGCAUCAUGGAGUGGAACCUGCUGAAGGAUCUGGAUCUGGCCUCAGAGAAGGCAGCCACUCAGACCUUCCUCUGGAAGAAGCAGCAAGAGCUCCAGAAACUCCCCAUGUUGGAGCCAAAUGAAACAGAAAUUAACAAUGAAUACCAGAGGAUCCUGUAUUUGAAAAAGACUGUAGAGUCCAGAAUGAGAGCACUGGAGGUUCUAGAGCAAAAGAAGGGAAAGAGACAAGGACAUGGAUCCCAAGAUCUGAUAGACUUAAAGAAUGCAGUCCUCUGUGAAUGUGACUCACAAAUGGAGAACAUCUGCCAGGCUAAGGAGUCUCUGAGAGGCUACACGUGUGCUGUUCAACAAGCAGCACAGUUCCUGAGGGACAUCCAGAUCUCUCUGCUGCCGCCACAGGGCUCUGCUGGACUCUGUUCCGGACGGCUGGAGGAAACCCAGCAAGCUUUAGCCUCACUACAGCAGCAGUUCCAGACCCAUGUGGAGCGGCUCCAGAGCCAGGUUACCCUGCACCCUUACCUGUCCCCCCAGAAGGUGGAGCAGCUUCAGGAGACAAUUCUCAGCCAGCUCCUGGUGAGGAUGUCCACUCUUCAGGCAAAGGGACACAUACGACUGGAGUGUCUCAGCAGUUGCGCAGAACAUCACAGAAAAUACACCCAGUGGCAAGAUGAGAUCAUCCAGAGUGUGAAGAGCGCAGAGAACAGCCUCUCCCAGUUCAUCUGUCAAAAGGUCACCUGUCUCACUGACUGCAUUGACCAGCAAACCAAGCUCAAAGUUCUGUCUGAGGAGGUGGAGUCCCUGCAGAGUCGUCUGGCAGAGCUGAAGGAGUGGUGCUCAGAGCAGAGCUGUCGUGGAGGCAAAGAAGCUGCCAUGGUUGCUGUUUGGAAACGCUUAUCAAGACUACAUUGCUACACACAACUGCUGACAGCUCGUAGUGAACGGAGAAUUGCAGAAUGGAGUGAAAUCACUAACAGUGUGGAGAAGGCCUCAGCCCUCUUGCAGCAGGUGGAGGCAGAGCUCCCUGAUGGCUCCCAGGUGAAGGCCUCCACCGAGGACCUGCAAGACCUGCUGCAGUCCUUGGAACAGUACCAGGACAGACUGGACUGUGAAAAUCGAGCCCUGUCGGCACUGGAACUGCGCACUGCCAGGCUGCUGGGUGUCCCUGCCCACCUGGAGCAGGCUCCGCCCACUCCACUCUGUCAACAGCUGCAGGUCAUACAGGCUCGAUACGGCAGUGUGAAGCAGAGAAGCAGGGAGGGUUUGAAGGCAGCCAGGAUAGAGCUGGAGGAGAGAGAAAAGGUCCGGGUGGAGCUGCAGGGCAUCCGGGUUUGGCUGGAGGCUGCGGAUGUUCUUCUGUCAGAGAUGGAGCAGAGCAGCAGCAGCACGGAGGAGCUUCAGGAGGUUCACAGCGAGCUCUGUAACCAGAAGGCUUUGCUGCAGCGCAUCAUGGAGAGCCUAAAGAUCAAGUACUCAGACAUGUUCACUCCAGUCCCGGUGGAGAUUGACAGCCAGCUGCAGCAGGUCACACACUCACUGCAGCAAGUAGAAGUAAAGGUGGGAGAGGCAGUGAAGAUGAGCGGUCCCGUCCACAGGCUGGGGGCGAAGCUGUCUGAGGUCCAGGCUGGCCUCACAUCAGUUCAGAAAAGACUUGAUCAGAGAAGUCCCAAUGUGACUGUGGCAAAGAUCACUCAGAAGCGUGUGUGGGAUGAGCUGGACUUGUGGCACUCGUGUGUCGCAGCGCUGGAGGUGGACAUGCAGGACUUGGAAAAGCCAGAAGAGGUGCUGACCCUCACUGAGAGACUGGUGGAGGUCCAGCAGUUCCACUCCCAGCUGGCCAAACAGGCGGAGCAGAGGACCACCCUCCUCAGCAAGAUCCAAAUAUGGCUUCAGGAGCAUCAGGAGAUGAUCAGCAGCUCUAAAAGCUGGAUGGCUGAGGCCAAGUUGUGGCUCACCGCCCCCUGCACCUACACCACCGCUAAAUGUUUGAGCAGCCAUGUUCAUACUCUGCAGAUGGUUUUGGAUGACUCGGCACAGAUCCGAACCACUCUGCAGGGUUUCACCUCAGUCCUGAAGGAAAUGUCACAGGUUUGUGAUGUCACAACUCUCCAGGAACAACUGGACGAAGCUGAUCACCAAGUGGCCAACGUUCAAGACCGCUUCAAUGCUCCUCUGUCUCACCUGAAGCAUGCUGCGGACGAGGUGGAAGCGAUUGAGAGUGAAAUCAGGCAGAUGGAGAAUGAUGUGGCUGAGAUCAAGAUCUUAUUAUCAUCUCCAGAGACUUUCCCCAGCCCCAGAGAAGAAAACCUCAAGCCUGUGGAACAGAGGAUCCAGUGCAUGAGGAGGACCGUAGCUGAGAUCCAGAAGUGUAAACCAGGCCUCUGUCUUCCAGAGAAGGCUGAAGAUACUCUGAUUGUCUUCACUGCCGUGGACCAGCUCCAGACUCUGCUGCUGGAACUGGAAAAGAAGGUUCCUGCUGUAUUCAUCCAGCAGCCUUCCACUCCGGUCCAAGCCAAAGCUCUAUCAGCAGCGCAGACGACCUCACAGCCUCAACUCCUCGAAUCCACUUCAGAAGAGGCUAAUAAGGACGACUUAGAACAAGGCCAUAUCCGAAUUGUCCAUGUUAAGGAGGACGUCCUAAAGAGAACUGGAGCGUCGCGGCUGACUGUGGAACAGUCCUCACCUGAACAGAGACCGUCCCGGACACCUUGCAGCACUCAGCAGAGGGAGCAUGACGGCGUGCUCCAGACUGAGGAAGCCACAGAGCAAACAGGGAGUCAGGAGCACAGAGAGGAAGAAGGUGGAGGAGGUGUUUUAUGGUGGCUCUGGGAUGCUUUCCUGGCUGCUUCGCCAGAGGAACUUGUGGCUGUUGUUCCAGAAGAGAUUGAAGGUGCGACUGGACAAAGCACUGAACAGACUGGAGAAGACAGACAGGAUAUUGAGGGUUCCACUGACACCACAGAAGCAAGUUCAUCUGACUCUUUAUCAAAACCCCUGGGCACAGUCCGAACUCAGUCACUGCCUGAGAGCAUGGUAAACACAACAGCCUCCACCGUAAAAGUCACCAAACCAGACACUGGGCCCCAGCAGAAAUGUGUAGUCUCCUAGAUCUAGACCUUGUCACUACAACUUCUCACUUCUUCUUGAUCAAAGAAUUGCAUUUCUAGCUUCUUCUAAAGCCAUGUGCAGAACCCCCCAGAAACAUACCUAGAGUUAACUGCUUCUUCAAGAAUCAUCCUUACUUACAGUGUUCACUCUAGAGCCAAUCCAAGAACUCCCAUUUAUUCUGAAACCAAUCACAGUGCCUCAACCUCUUCUAGAACCUACACUAGAAUCCCUUUUGUGUUCAGACCUAGGGUUCAGACCUGUCAUUCCAUAUUGAACCAAGCCUAAAACAACAAUGUUUACAACAUAUCAUAAACAUCCCAACUUCUUCCAGAUACAACCUUAGAACUCCUUUAGAAUUAGCCGUCAAUUUCAAAGUAUCUUCCUCCAGUAUCUUAUGGAGGUCCUUGGAACUCCCAGUUCUUCUUGAACAAACAAAUGUAGAAUUUUGUCUUCCAGAGAUCUGAAGUCUAUAAUUUAUACUUUUGACAGUACAAUUUCCCAAAUUCCUUCUAGUUUUAACUAUAGAACUCCCUGUAGUUAUCCUUCAUGUAGAAUCUUCUAAAACAAGCCCUGGAACCCCUACCAUACUUCUUGCAGAACACUGGGACUCCCUAAUUCUUCUAGAGCUCUAUAUGUCUUGUAGAGCUCUUGGCUUCUUUCUAGAACCAAUGCUUUUUUCUAGAACCAAAUCUUGGACAUUUCUUUUAGUGUCCUCUGGAAUGCUUGUAGAACAAGACUUUUUCUAGAACCGUUUUCUCUACAACUAAACUCAGAACUUUAAUCUUCUUAUAGAUUUAAACCUAGAACUGAUUUUUCUAGAACCAAGUCUAGAGCACCUAAAUGGUUCUUGCACCAAUUCUAGACAUUAAAAUUGUUCUUGAAAUGUCUCAACCAUCAGUGCAUUUACAUGGCAAAAAAUUCCAGAUAUUGGCUUCAAAGUACAGUGUAACAGUUAGUUUCAUUUGAAAUUUGAAUCAGGUUUUCUAACUGCAUUAUGAAAAAUAAAAUAGAGGACAGGACUAAGUGCUUUCAUUUAAUCAGAUCUCCACAAAUUAUAUAGUGGUUUAAUUGAAGGACUACUGAACUUGUUCAUCCUGAGAAUACAUGUUGCCUGUUGAUUGACAAGUGGUCACAACUGAGGUGUUGUUCAAGAAGCCACAGCACAUUAUUUUGGAACUAUGUGAGAAGUGAUUGACUUACUUUACCAAAAACAGAAAGCAGACUGGUGGUAUUCAGCAUGCGGGGUUGAUGGGUUUUGGUCUUUAAUAUGCUUUUGCAUGGACCGUAAUUCUGAUGGGUAACUAUGUUUUUAUAAAAGGCAGAAACAAAGUGUACUAAUAGACAGAUUUUGUGAACCAUAUUUUUAAUUUAUCAUAUAGGGACUGGUGAUUUAAAAUAGUUAAACGUUUUGAUUGUUGACCUUUCAUUUACUAUCUGAGCUCAUUUACCAGCACUUAAAUAAAAAAACUUGCUUGCUUACACGCAUCUGCUAUUUGAAUUUCCAUAAGCUGAACAUGAUAAUAAAUUGUGGUUUACCUGAAUAAUUGCUCAGUCACUGCUGGCAGCAGGAGAGUGUGGAGAAAGAUUCUCGCUUUUUUAUGAAUCAGAAUAUUUACUUUCACUUAACGCAGCUUUUGUACUUCAGAAAGUUACAUUUUCUAAGAUGACUGUUGGCCAUGGAAAUGCACUGGUUUGACAUAAUGACUGAUUAACACACUACUGUCGGCAGAUGAAAACCAUGGGAUUACAAAUUUAGUUUUAGUUUAGUAUUUCUUAACCCUUGUGUUGUCUUAGGGUCAAAUUUUCUAAAUGUCUAUAUCAGAAAUAUGGGUUUCUUUUUAACUUCCUAAUUUUAAUUAACCAAAACUAACAUGGAUGAUUCCAUACAACAAAAGAUCAGAUCUCUAAUUUCAUUGAAUUUGGGAUGUUUUGUCAAAUUCUUUAGCAUUUGAAAAAUAAAUUGAAAUGUUUCAAAACAGUAUGCCGACUGAAUGUUGACAUACAGUAUACCAGUGUGUGAUUAUUCUUCCGUUUAUAUUAGUCUAAAUAGUUCAUAAUUUCUGCUUUUUUAACUCAAGGAUUAGGUAUAAUUUCCUAUAAAUGAGGUUUCUUGACCAUGAAUUACAAAAGUAAGUGUAAAACUAGGAAUAACUUGGUGUUAGUGGUGUUGAUACAUGAUAGUGAAAAGAAGUGUAAAACGGCAACAAAGAAAAGCGCCAAAAACAUUGAAAAAAACACCAAAAGUGUUAAAAAAAGGAACAAAAAGGAUUUUUCUGUUUUGGCCCAGGGGGAUGACAAGUACAUGGUCCAAUGAAAGACAACACAAGGGUUAAGGAGGAAUUGUACUGAAAUAAUCAAAACUGAUUUGCUUGCUCUUGUGCAAUAUUCUUUAAGGCUUAUUUAUAGUUACAUUCAUAUCAAUGCAAUACCAGUAACAACACACAAUAAGCUGCCAUUUUUUGAGAUACAAGGUUUUCACCUGAAAGCAGUGGCACUGAGAUGUCUUACAUUACAUGGCAUGUGCUGUACUUGUACAUUGUUCCACUUUUGUCUUUCCAUUCUGUCUACAUAUCCAAACAAAAGCACAAAUACAAAUAAACACACAACAGUGAUUUA